AUGACGAGUCCGAAUGCUUGUCUACACCAGUCCUUGGUGUCUCGCCAACAAGACGAUGAUGACUGGUCAGACGAGGACGAGGACGGGUCGGCGGAAAUCGAGACAUCCACUCUGCUGGGCAUUGCUGGCGACGACAUCUCUACCGCGUCGGACUUGACGGAUGCGGUCGUCUCACGAAUAGGCGGCUAUCCCGCCUUCCUUCCCAUCGAUGAGCCCCCGUUCGCAUCAUCGACUUGCAAAGUCUGUGGCUUCCCCAUGGAGCUCCUCGUCCAAAUGUGGUGUCCAUUCGAAGAUAGCCCAAGAGACAGAGCGCUCUAUAUCUGGGGCUGCAGCGCCCCAGCAUGCCAAAACAAGGAAGGAAGCGUCCGAGCUUGGAGAGGUCUUCGUUUUAACGACGAAUUUGCUGCACAGCUGAAGGAGAAGAAUGAGAAAAAGAAGGCCAAGAUCGAAAAGCCCAAACCACAAGCAAAUCCAUUCUCAGUUGGUGCCGUCAUUCCUGGUCCUAACCCAUUCUCUUUGGGUACGCAGAUAUUCGGUGGCGCUACAUCACCAGCGCCUGGUGAUACCGCGCCUGAGGAACCCCGGGAGGAUGAACAAGAGGAGGAAAGCGAUGAAACAGACGACGAGCUGCUUCCAGUUCUAGCCUCUGUUACUUUGGAAGAUUCGCCCUGGCGUUCAGCCCCGUGCUUCAAGCCCGUUUACCUCAACACUGAAUCGGAAUUCAUCCGUCCUUCUGCACAAUCCAAACUCCCGCCGGGAGUCCAAGUCGUUGACUCUCUAGACGACAACGAAUCAAAAAAGGGCAAAGACGUUUCAUGGAUGUCUGAGGCUUACGAAAACUCCCUCGACGUUGACCAAGUCUUCGACCGAUUUACUAAACGCGUAGCGCACAACAGCUCACAAUGCGUCCGAUAUGAACUUGAUGGCACCCCACUCCCUUACGCCUCAGACAAGAUUUUCAACUCUCUCUUCCCACUGCCACCCUCACCACCUACCCCGGUCACUAAAGCUGCUUUUACAGUAGUCCCGCCCGCCAAACGUGUCUACGAUCCUGCUUCGCUCCCCGUGUGUCCCGUUUGCCAGUCCAAACGCGUCUUCGAAUGCCAGCUCAUGCCGAAUCUCAUCAAUCUACUUGCAUCCACAUCCAGUGAUGUUGAGAAUAAAAGGAUGACCGAUGAUGAGCGUAGAAAGCUGGUAGAACAAGAACUGAAGGGCGGAAAUUCUCGGGGAAUGGAUUGGGGAACCUGCCUUGUUUUUUCUUGUUCGAACGAUUGCUCCCUAGAUGCUGAUGGUAAAGAAACGAGGGAUUCUUGGAGGGAAGAAGUGGUCUUGGUUCAGUGGGGUGUAUGA